AUGCUGUACUCAAGUUCAGCUCGCAUAUCUGGUUAUGAUUGUCCAGGAGAAGUGAACACAUUCGAUUAUGUUAUUAGUGCGAGCCAUAUGCCUGAACAACUCAAUAAUUGCACAUUGAAAACAGAUAUGGUACUGUGCGGUAUGACGAUACUGUUGCAAAAGAAUCGUGAUUCAACGCAAAUAACAGUCAACUGUGCAAAUGAUCCACGGGUCAUUCCCAACAAUCAUGCACUCGAUAUAUCUGUUGGUAUUGAAUACGAAAACUCCAUCUUGCGUUGGGAAAAAGUUAUUAUCUAUACUUGUACAACCAAUGAAUGUAAUAGUUAUAGUGAAAUCAAACGGGUGAUGAAUGCAUUAACUGUGACUGAUACACUUGAUCAAAUAACGAAUAUGAUCAUUCCUCAAAAACCAUUUCAAAGCAAAUGGUGUGAUCGACGAUCGAAUGCAACAUUUGACAAAUGCGAUAAUACAAUUCCUGACACGGAUUGUAGAAGAUGUUCAUUAGGUGCAGAGACAAACCAAACAGGAACAGAAGUAUGUGCUACAUGUAGAACUGGUGACGAAGAAAACUAUUACCUGUCACGAAGUGCAAUAUUCAAUAUGACAGAACGAACACGUACUGAUAUCUGGCAAAUAGAAUGUCAAUCAGAUCAAUGCAAUUCGCAGAGUAAUGGAGAACGCAUAAAACAAAACGCUCAAGUUGAUUUUGAUUUUGCUAAAUUUUUCAACAACGGAUACGUUUUCAGUUCGAUUUUAUCGAUGAAAAUUUCAUUGGAUAAUCUACCAUCGAUUCUUAAUAACUGUUCCAUAGUCAAUACCAGUGAUACAUGUCUUAUCGAUCUUGUAUGGGGACGAGAUCCAGAUAAAAGUCAAAUAGGCUUGAGUGCUAGGCAACCUGAACGAAAAGCUUACGUUGAACAUACACUGAUCACAUCAGUUAGCUUAGAAAACCAAAACUCAGUCUAUACUUUCACCAAAAGCCUGUCAUACACAUGUUCGACGGACAACUGUAACAGUUUAUCAACAUUGAAACUUAUACUGUCUUCAUUAAUAUUCAACGACAAUCUCGAUGAUAAUAAAGACCUUUUACGGAAAGAAGAGACAGUUGUUGGAGCUGGCUGUCAAAUACGAACAAACAUGACUGAUGGUGAAUGUAAUACAGGAAUGCCGGAGACGUCUUGUUAUGCGUGUUCGUUUCAAGGAAAAGGAUCUGGUCAAGGUAUGGAAUAUUGCUCAAAUUGUUGGACAAAUGCACUUUCUGAAACUCUCAUGUCGUAUGAAGUCGAUUUUAAUAUAACGGAGAGAUCAAUGACUGAUCAUUGGGCCCUUGAAUGCCAGUUUCGAAACUGUAAUACAAUUGAAAAUGGCAAUCUGAUUCGUAGAAAAGUGAGCGCUGCAUUUGAUUUUGCGAAAUUUUUGGGCGACACGAACAAAUCGAACGUUUUAACGUCAGCUAGUAGACUCUUCUUACUUUUUUUUGUAAUUUUUAUCAAAAGUCUAUAA